GGCCCAUGACAGGCAGCAACUUAGCUAAGCUCCGCCUGGGGUGGAGGGAGGGCUGGUCUGCGCUUAACUCACUCCAGACUCGCCACAUCUGUUUGCUGUAUCCCAAAAACUCUCUCGUAGGUUGUUUCCCCCCUCUGAAGACGCCACCACAUACUUGGAUAAUAACGGGCGAGCGAGACUCGAGUAGGGAGAGAGAGAGAGAGGGAGAGGAAUCUGGACUGCUACAUUGAUUAUAGCCUGAAAAAGUUUGUUUAAAAACACACACUCUUUCCACUAUGGCAGGAGUCGCAUCUUCCUUGGCCAAGAAGCGUGCCAAGGCGGCCGGGUUUGGAACUAACAGCAACGCGACAAAGUAUUUGAAUCAGGAUUACGAAGCGCUAAAGAACCAGUGUUUGAGCCAGGGAAGGCUCUUUACCGACCCGACUUUCGCAGCCGCACCCGAGGCUCUGGGUUUCAAAGAGCUCGGCCCCAGCUCCUCCAAGACCAGAGGAGUCGUUUGGAAGAGACCUGGAGAGCUAUGUUCGAGUCCGCAGUUCAUAGUGGGAGGAGCCACCAGGACAGACAUCUGUCAAGGAGCUCUAGGUGACUGCUGGUUGCUGGCGGCUAUCGCUUCUCUGACGCUGAACGAAGAUGUGAUGGCCAGGGUGGUUCCACAGGAUCAGACCUUCGACGAUGGCUACGCCGGGAUAUUCCACUUCCAGUUCUGGCAGUUUGGGGAGUGGGUGGAUGUUGUCAUUGACGACCGGUUGCCGACAAAGGAUGGCGAGCUGCUAUUCGUCCACUCGGCAGAGGGCUCCGAGUUCUGGAGCGCCCUACUGGAGAAGGCCUACGCCAAAGCAAACGGCUGCUACGAGGCUCUCUCCGGUGGCAGCACCACGGAGGGUUUUGAGGACUUCACUGGCGGCAUAGCGGAGCAGUACGAGCUGAGGAAGGCCCCCGCUAACAUGUUCUACAUCAUCAAGAAAGCGCUGGAGGCAGGAGCACUGUUAGGAUGCUCCAUAGACAUCACCAGCCAAGCAGACUCUGAGGCUGUGACUCGACAGAAGCUAGUGAAAGGCCACGCCUACUCUCUGACUGGAGUCGUCGAGGUGAGCUAUCGUGGGCGUAUGGAGAAGCUGGUGCGUAUGCGUAACCCCUGGGGACAGGUAGAGUGGACCGGAGCCUGGAGUGAUGGCUCUUCAGAGUGGAACAGUGUGGAUCCGUCUGAGCGCCCCAAUGCCAACAAAGAAGACGGAGAGUUCUGGAUGUCAUUUUCUGAGUUCCUGCGCCACUGGUCGCGUAUCGAGAUCUGCACCCUGACUCCGGACACCAUCACCAGUGAUGACGUGAAGCACUGGAGCGUCUGCAACUACGACGGCAGCUGGAGGAGGGGGUCCACCGCUGGAGGAUGUCGUAAUCACCCCUAUACGUUCUGGAUGAAUCCUCAGUUCGUGAUCCGUCUGGAUGAGGAGGAUGAUGAUCCUGAUGAUGGUGUGGACGGCUGCAGCUUCGUGGUGGGCCUGAUUCAGAAGAACCGCAGACGUCUCCGCAAACAGGGAGAGGACAUGCAUACCAUUGGGUUCGCUAUAUAUGAGGUUCCUCCACAGUUCCGUGGCCAGCGGGAGGUCCACCUGGAUAAGAACUUCUUCCUGACUCAUGCGUCGGCGGCACGCUCAGAGACCUUCGUCAACCUGCGGGAGGUGUGCAACCGGUUCCGACUGCCCCCCGGAGAGUACCUCGUCGUGCCCUCCACCUUCGACCCACACCUCAACGGAGACUUCUGCCUUAGGGUCUUCUCCGAGAAGCAGACUGAGACACAGCCCUGUGAUGACCCAGUUGAUGCAGUCUUGGAAGAUGAGACGACGGCGGAUGAGGAUGUGGAUGCCAGUUUCAGAGCUCUCUUCACCAAGCUGGCCGGAGACGAUAUGGAGAUAUCUGCCCCUGAGCUGAAGACCAUUUUGAACAAGAUCGUCUCCAAACGAACUGACAUCAAGACGGAUGGCUUCAGUCUGGAGACCUGUAGAGUCAUGGUCAACCUGAUGGACGAUAGCGGCAACGGCAAGCUGGGACUGGGGGAGUUUGCCACCCUCUGGAAGAAAGUACAGAGAUACCUGGCUAUCUACAAGAAGAAUGACUCGGAUAAUUCCGGAACCAUGAGCACUCCGGAGAUGAGAGUAGCACUCAAGGAGGCUGGUUUCACCCUGAACAACAGUAUAUAUCAGCUGCUGGUGGCGCGCUACUCUGAGCCCGACAUGACGCUGGACUUCGACAACUUUGUGGCCUGCCUCAUGAGACUGGAGAUGAUGUUCAGAGUCUUCAAGAAAAUCGAUCCCCAUAACACAGGCUCCAUAGAGCUGGACUUCAAUCAGUGGCUGACCUUCGCCAUGAUUUGACCCACCACGACCUUUGACCUUUGCACUUGGUUUCCACGGCGACCCGCAAGUUAAGGCACAACUUAAGUAUUACAGCAAAAAAAAAAAUGGAAAUAUAAAUAUAUUUCAGUGUGUCUUUUUAUGAAAAAAAAACAACAACCCUGUAGGCCUAUUUUAAUACCACCUUUUUGUAUAUCUUUUUACAUUGCAUGACAUUUGUGUGUGUAUUUGUGAUUGUAUUUUUGUAUUGUCUCAUUGUCAUUGACAGUGAAAAUAAACCUGUGGUAUUUUCUAAGGUG